CGCAGGCGCCGCCGAGGCCAAACGGACACGUCCGUCACGUGGAUAGUAACCAGCCAACCCGGUUUGAAUCUCAUUUUUUUCUUCCUCUCGCCCCCCCUUCAGGAGCGGUUGUGCGAUCACAUCGAUCUAAGAUGGCGACUGUGGAACCGGAAACCACCCCUACUCCUAAUCCUCCGCCUACAGAAGAAGAGAAAACAGAAUCUAACCAGGAGGUUGCUAAUCCAGAACACUAUAUUAAACAUCCUUUACAGAACAGAUGGGCACUCUGGUUUUUUAAAAAUGAUAAAAGCAAAACUUGGCAAGCAAACCUUCGACUGAUCUCUGAGUUUGAUACUGUUGAAGACUUUUGGGCUCUGUACAACCAUAUCCAGUUAUCUAGUAAUUUAAUGCCUGGCUGUGACUACUCACUCUUCAAGGAUGGUAUUAAACCUAUGUGGGAAGAUGAGAAAAACAAACGAGGAGGACGAUGGCUAAUUACGUUGAACAAACAGCAGAGACGAAGUGACCUCGAUCGCUUUUGGCUAGAGACACUGCUGUGCCUUAUUGGAGAAUCUUUUGAUGACUACAGUGAUGAUGUAUGUGGAGCCGUUGUUAAUGUUAGAGCUAAGGGUGAUAAGAUAGCAAUAUGGACUACUGAAUGUGAAAACAGAGAUGCUGUUACACAUAUAGGGAGGGUAUACAAGGAAAGGUUAGGACUUCCUCCAAAGAUAGUGAUUGGUUAUCAGUCCCAUGCAGACACAGCUACUAAGAGCGGCUCCACCACUAAAAAUAGGUUUGUUGUUUAAGAAGACACCUUCUGAGUAUUCUCAUAGGAGACUGCGUCAAGCAAUCGAGAUUUGGGAGCUGAACCAAAGCCUCUUCAAAAGCAGAGUGGACUGCAUUUAAAUUUGAUUUCCAUCUAAAUGUUGCAAAGAUAUAAGAGAAGUCUCAUUCACCUUUGUCUUGUACUUCUGUGUUCAUCUUUUUUUUUUUUUUUUUUUUUUUUUUUUGGCUAGAAUGUCCACUUACCCAAUCAAAGAAUUACAGUACACAUCAUCCCCAGAAUCCAUUAAUGUGUUUCUGGCCCACUCUGUAAUAGCUUAGAAGAAUUAUUAUUACAAACAUAUUUUACCCAUCCACAAUGUUAAAAAAGAACUCGCAUUUCUACACCUUACAGGAAAAGAAUUCUGUUUAUGUUCCAUUGUAUGCAGGAACAUAUUUUGCUGGUUUGAAAGAGUAUGCAUACAGUUUUCUAGCAAUUUUCUUUGUUUCUUUUUACAGCAUUGUCUUUGCUGUACUCUUGCUGGUGGCUGCUAGAUUUUAAUUUAUUUGUUUCCCUACUUGAUGACAUUAGUGAUUCUGAUUUCACUUUUUCAUUUGUUUUGCUUUUGUUUUUCCCCCUCAUGUAAUAUUGGUGAAGGAUCCAGGAAUAUGACACAAAGGUGGAAUAAACAUUAAUUUUGGGCAUUCUUUGGUAAUUUUUUGUUUUUUUGUAACUACAAAGCUUUGCUACAAAUUUAUGCAUUUCAUUCAAAUCAGUGAUCUAUGUUUGUGUGAUUUCCUAAACAUAAUUGUGGAUUAUAAAAAAUGUAACAUCAUAAUUACAUUCCUAAUUAGAAUUAGUAUGUCUGUUUUGUAUCUUUAUGCUGUAUUUUAACAAUUUGUAUUACUUAGGUUAUUUUUGCUUUGGUUAAAAAAUGGCUCAAGUAGAAAAGCGGUCCCAUUCAUAUUAAGACAGUGUACAAAACUGUAAAUAAAAUGUGUACAGUGAAUUGUCUUUUA